UCAAAGAGCGAGAGCGAGAAUUUCAAGGGUAAGCUAGGAAAGAAGGCGCGAAAAUUUGCGAAGAAGCAUCUUCAGUCUGUGCUGAAGCAGCGGCGAAAAACGAAAGCUUUAUUCAAGAGGAAAGCUCCAAAAAACGGGCUAGAUGAUGUGGAGGAGACAGUGGAUAACCCUGCCAGCACUUUUAAUGGAAGGAGCAGUGAACCCGAGGGUGCUGUAAUUACUUCUCUUGAUGCAGCAUUCACUGAGAAUGAAGCUGAUGAGAUUGCAGUUGCAUCAGAUAGUGAUGGUUAUCUUUCGGAGGAUCCAAGCUGCCCUCAUUAUGUGGAGAGUGAAACUGGGAAAAUACUAGAAGAUAAAAUCACUACCGUCUAUUCAGCUCAGAACAAUAAAAUUCAGUCUGAUAUUGCUGCUCUAAAGAAGAAACUGGAUAGGCUGAAAAAGAAGGAUCCUGGAUUCAGUAAUUUCUUAGAAAGCUUCAACAGUGGUGCUAAGACAAUUCAAAAUGAAGAUUCAUGCUCAGAUGAAGAUGACUCAAGUGAUCACAAGGAGUCAGGUGAAGAUGACCUGAACAAAGAUAAAGAAAAAUUUCUCUCUAACCAACUCAUUGCUGCAUGGAGUCAAAUGGCCAAAGGAGAUAAUAGCCAGUCAGCGUUCAUUAGCCUGCUAAAUGCCUACCGUGCAGCAUGUCAUUAUGGUGUUGAAUCAGUUGGCCAUAGAAUCGACACCAGUGAAACAUUUUGCAACAUUCUCGUUUUUACACUCUCAAAUGCAGAUGAUGUAUUUCGAGGCAUAUUGCAGAUAUCAUCUUCGAACAGCAAAAAGGAGACAGUAGAAAAACUACAGAAAAACUCAAAGUGGAAAAACAUGAAAUCUCUUGUCAAAUCUUUUGUGAGAAGCACAUUGUUUUUGUUGGAUCAGAUUACUGACUCAGAAAUUCUGACUUUUGCAAUGACGAGGAUCCGAGCUUCUCUGAUAUUUUUUGUUGCUUUCCCAUCUCUGCUCCAACGACUCCUUAAGACAACAGUUCAUUUGUGGGCAACAGGUGGAAGGGUCUUAUCAUCAGCUUCCUUUCUUGUUAUACGGGAUGUUGCUGCUAUGUUUGGUUCAGAUCACUUUGAUACCUGCCUAUCAAAAACUUCCAUAUCAUUUCUUUCUCGAUCUAGAGUAACAGAGAUCAGUGACAUAGAACAUAUGCAAUUCUUAAGGGAUUGUAUAGUUGAAUUGUGUUCUCUAGAUGUGCAAAAAUCAUCCGUUAAGGCUGUUGCUUCUUUAAGUCAAUGUGCCAAGAUAUUUAGCUUGGCAAUACAAACAAAGGAAAAGGAAGCGGUUAGAAAGAUUUACAGCUGGGAAUAUGUUAACUGUGUUGAUAUGUGGGUUAGGUUCAUAUCAGCAAAUAUACGCGACUAUGAUCUUCAGUCCUUGCUCUUUAUGACUGUAAAGCUUAUUAAUGGUGUAGCUCACAUUUUUCCUGGUCCAAGAUAUUUACCUCUGAGACUCAAGUCCAUUGAGUGGCUGAAUCUUCUCUCAAGUUCGAGUGGAACUUUUAUACCAGUUGCUUCAUUAGUGUUGGAUAUUUUGGAAUACAAGGUUUCCAGGGAGGGAAGAAAAGCUCAAAUUGCAUUCAAUAUUAAAACAGUCUUGAAGCUGCCCAAACAUUACCUAAAAUCAAAAAGCUUUCAAGAAGAAUGCUUUCAGUCAGCUUUCAAACAGCUUGCAUUUCACUUUUCUCAGUGGAGCUACCAUAUUUCGUUUCCUGACCUGGCUACUAUUCCAGUAAUCCGCCUGAGAAGGAUUCUUGAGACCACAACUGUAGAAAGCUUGUGUCGCAUUGUGAAGCUUAUGAUUGACCAGGUGGAGCAGAAUGCGGCCUUUGUGCAGAAAAAGAGAGAAGAUGCACCUUUCUCCCCUCUUGAUCAUCAAUCAGCAGAUUCUUUUCUUCAGCUUGAAAAGUCCAGCCUGAACGCUCCAUUUACUCAAUAUUACAAAGUGUCCUGGACAAGGCGUGUGAAAGGAAGUUGCAUAAAUUUGAUAAGAAAAGUUUGACAGAGCUGAAAACUUCAAAGACAAAUGCUGCAAAGCUCAAAAGAAAACCAGUAGCUGCCGAUGGUCACGCUGAUGCAGAAGACCACCCUGCUGAAAAUGGGACAGUGAAUAGUAAACGGAGGAAGAGAGCCCUUGAAGCUCAGUGAUAACCAUCAAGCUUGGUUUUCCAAGGAAUUCUCCCAAUUUUGGAAUCAGAGUACACAAUUCAAAUUCAAUAUAGCCUUGUUGUUUUCUCAUUGUUGUAUUCUGUUCGUUGAGUUCAAUCCAAUGCAUCUGGAGAUCAUCUCUCUUUUUUUAAUAAAAUUGAGAGGAAUUUGCUUAGCAGCAUCAAUAUUUUUUAGUGUUGAAAACUCAAACAUGUAGAACUGAAUUUUGCUGAGAACAUAAGUUAUCAAUGAAAUGAGAUCUUAUAGUUGAUGGCUGAUA